GUAUUUCAAUUAUGGAUUAGCUAUCUUGGCCCGGUGGACAACCUUUACGUAGAAAAGUCAAAGCCACAAAACAUAUCCAAGAAGGUGAGUGAUCUGACGAUACAUAAUGGAGCAUAACGUAAGGGUAGUUUGCUGCCUGUAAUAAUGAGUUUGGGCGAGGGAGCCUAAAGAGGAAUACGAAAAGGAUGACUCUUCCAGCGAAAAUCGAUAUCCUACGCUGCAUCAUAUAUAAGAAGUGCUUAACUCGCACACCCACCUAAUCUAUUCCUAUUUCACAGUUCGCAAAAAAAGAAAAAAGAGAGCUGCUUCAUACAAGCUUUUGCUCCUAAAGCCCAUCUCUUAGAAUGCCACGCUUCUCAAGUCCCUUCGAUGGAGCGCAGCUGUUCUAUCGCGAUUACAAACCUUCUCCCAGUUCAUCUGCAUUCCGCGCAAACAUGGAAUAUGAUGCGAAGAAAUUGCCUGCUCUAGUGUUCCUCCAUGGAUGGCCGUAUUCGUCGCAGAUGUACGAGGAGCUGAUGGUGCCUCUUUGCGAGACAUACAGGUUCCGAUGUAUCGCACCCGACCGACGCGGUUUCGGGAAAAGCGAUUGGGAUGGUCAUCAAGCAACCGACUUCCAAAUCACCUACGAGGUGUUUGCCGAUGACACGGCUUAUCUAUUACAAACCUUGGAUAUAGGAUCAUUUGUCAUCAUUGCUUCCAGUAUGGGACCUGGAGAGAGUGUACUAGCUCACUCUCGUAGCGAAUAUUUCCAACAAAAUUGCAAGACACCAAAUAACCCCUUAGCCCCAUCACAGGCAGUCUGGGACUCAAUUCUGGAUGGGUUCCGUAGUUCUCGAGCGGACUUUACCCAGGGUGCUCUUCCGGGUGCACUUGUUGGAGGAACUGGCCUUGAAAUCCCUGCCCCCACGCUGCAACGCUACGUGAACAUGGUGGGAGAGGCUGAUGGACUGGCUCUUGAGCGGUGCAUGGUUAUUGUUCCUCAUACUGAUUUAACUAGUUUGUUGGUAAAGCUUGGAGAGACAGCUGCACCUCCUAUCAUGUGUAUCCACGGUGACUCGGAUGCGGGUACUCCAUACGAAGCGACGGCGAAGCUCUUGAAGGAAAUCUUGCCUGAGAUGGGGCUCAAGCUUUAUGAAAAGGGCGCGCAUGCUUUGCAAAUUACGCAUAAGAGCCAACUACAGGACGAUAUCCUAGAAUUUGUGACUCAGAGAAUCAUUGCGAACUGAUCAAUGUUGCGGCUCUGUGGUGUUACUAUCAAGAUGGGCUCAAGCUCAUCUGUGUAUGUGUUAUUGGAUGGGUAGACACGCAUGCUCAUGGUGUAUCUUUGGAGAUCUCCGGUUGUCAGUUUCCCUAUACGUCAAAAAAGAUAUCGUUCCCCGGAAACGUUGGUGAUGUGAGCUUAAUGUGUUGCCAAUAAUGUAACAUAUCUUCCAAAGAGAGCCUCAAACAGAGGCUGCCUUAUUUAAUCCAUUUCCCUCCACUAUAUGCUAGAAUGAACAUACAGGUGUACAGGUGUACGUUCUUUAGUACUACGACAUCUUCUGCAGAGGGCGAUACAAUUCAGUGCCAGCUGCAUGGCCAGG